AUGCAAAAAUCACAUAGCGGACAGAUAGUCAUUCCCUCAAAAGCGCCUUCCGUGAUUCCCAUCGUUGAUCCAACUGCAGAAGGGGAAGCUUCUGAAAAGACGACAAAAGUUGUACUAAAACCACCUCUAAAAGGAAGCAUCAAUGGAAAGAGGCUUUGUAGAAACGUUAUUAUUCAUGGCUAUUGUAAAUAUGAAGGAAAAGGUUGCGAGUUCAAUCAUGAUACGAAUAAGCCUACGUCUCCUCAAACAAGCCCUGAAAACAAAAGCAAAAAUCGCAAUCUAGCAACGCUUCCCUUUCAAGCUGUUUCGUCUGUAUCAGCAGAUAGUGUCAACGCACCUGAAUUCGUUCCUAGAUUUGCAGUUGAUUCCAGCGCUGCCUCUACACCAGCAAGUAAAGACACAAAUGUGAUCGAUUUCACCGCUUUGGAUCCUUCGAUAACAAACCAACAACACUCUUAUCAGUCUGAGCAAUCCAACGUAUCAUCCAUUACGAACGGAUUUUCUCAAUUUGGAUUAUCAAAUGAUGCGAAUGGAAAUACAACAUCACAUCAACAACAUCAGCAACAGCAACAGCAACCAUCGCUACAACAACAGCCUCAAUCACCUUCGCAAAUGCUGGCAGGACUUGGCAUGGUCCCAUCAACUCAAAUGGAUCCAUACUAUUACAUGAAUCAGCAAGCAGUGUAUCCCAGACAGCCAUUACAGCAUCACUUGUAUUCAGCUCCUCUGCCUCAUGUGAGUAACUUGGCACCCCAUCAAAGAACAAUCCAGUCAUUUUUCAUCCCGGAUAACCUUCGAGAGCAACUGACAGAACGGAACGAAGCUCAACUCAUGACCACGCCUGCUCGAGAUUUGGGUCUGCCAAUGGAAGUACAUGUGUAUCACUCUCUUUAUCCACUAGACACACAUGGCGAAAAGUCAAGCUCCUUCUAUGGACAUCCAUCAUCCGUCUACAAAGCAACAUGCAGUGUUGAUGGACGUACCUACGCACUGGUUCGCAUUGAAGGAUUUAGGUUGGUAAAUGAACUGGCAAUGCAAGUAGUUGAAGCAUGGCGUCGCAUUCGCCAUUGCAACAUUGUUUCCAUCCGGGAAGCGUUUACCACUCGCGCUUUUGGCGAUUCUUCGUUGAUCUUUGCUUACGACUAUCAUCCAUGCUCGACAACUAUCUAUUCCACCUACUUCACAGCACAAGGACAGGCAGCCUUGUAUAGUUCUCAGCUUCAGCAAUCGAAUGGAAAUCCUCGUUUGAUUCCAGAAACAACCAUUUGGAGUUACAUUACUCAAAUUGCAUCUGCUUUAAAAGCAGUGCACGGAUCAGGUCUAGCAGCCAGAGUAAUUGAUCCAAAGAAAAUUUUGAUUACAGGCAAAAACAGGAUUCGAUUAAGUGGUGCCAGCAUCUUGGAUGUACUGCAGUACGAUGGUGUUUUGAACGUCGCUAGACAGCAACAAGAGGAUCUUUUGUCGUUUGGCAAGCUUGUUAUUGCGCUGGCUUGCAACUCGCUUCAGUCAUUCACUGACAUUGCACAGUCUUUUGAACACAUUGCCAGAUUCUAUUCACCAGAUCUGAAAAACUUAAUUUUGUAUCUACUCAGUAAACCUUUGCCCGCAAAGAACAUUGAUGAAGUCAUUGUCAUGAUUGGCCCUCGCAUUUUGCAUGAGAUCAAUUGCAGUCAACUCUAUAAUGAUGAAUUAGAAAGUGAAUUAUCUAGAGAAUUAGAAAAUGCUCGGCUUGUUCGACUUAUGGCCAAGAUGGGAUUCAUCAAUGAACGACCUGAAUUUGAUAUGGAUCCAGGAUGGUCAGAGACGGGCGAUCGUUACUUGAUCAAGCUCUUUCGAGAUUAUGUCUUUCAUCAAGUGGAUGAAAAUGGUCGACCUGUUGUUGACAUGGUCCAUGUGUUGACUUGUUUAAACAAGUUGGAUGCAGGUGUGGAGGAAAAGAUUAUGUUGAUGUCCCGAGACGAGCAAUCUUGCCUUAUUGUUAGUUUCAAGGAAAUCAAAAACUGCAUUGUAUCGGCUUUCAACGACUUAACUUCUGGUAGAAAAUAA